AUGCAUCUCCCUCCCACUCCAACAAAAGCCCCCCUCAACAUCCGCCAAGACCUCGUCCUCACACAAACCAUCAUCCGCCCAUCAACCACCUUCGUCACAACAAUCACCUUUGGCGCCACCGAGCCAGCAGCUACUACAAGCGCCGUCGCCGCCGUGCCCGUCCCCAUAUCGCACCACCACCAUGGCCUCUCAGGCGGCCAAAUAGGCGCCAUACUGGGCUCUGUGGUCGGCGUCGUUGUUUUGGCCCUCAUCAUCGGCUUUUGCUACGUUGGAAAGAGGAAAUCUGCCGUCGCGUAUCAAGAGGAGGAGAAAGUGAAGAAGAGGAAGCGAAGAAACUCUCACAGCACUCGCAGUAGUACCCGCGGCGUGUACCAAUAUGCAGAGGAAGAUGUUUACUAUUAUACGGCUCCUAAGAAGAAAUCGUCCACCAAAAAGGCCAGCGUCUCGGUUCAAACGCCAGCUCCGGCGGUUGUCUCAGAAAGGAUACCCGGGGGACCCAAGUUCCCCAGCUACCGCGCAAUCCCGAUAUCGAACCCAAGGAAUCCUCAAAUUCGGCGCACUGGAUAA